CUGUGGUAGCUUCAACACAUUUCUAUGGCUUCAACAACCUCGGUGAUUUUACUAUCAGUUAAUGUAGAAAUUACCAUGAUGCAUGUAAUGCGUUUGUGAUGUGCCUGGUGUUACCCCAUAUGUCUAGUAUAGUGCACAAAGAAAUCGCAUGAAUCAUGGCUGAACAUGGAAAUAAAAUACUGCAAAGGUCGACCAGGAAAAAGCUAAACAAGUUUCACCAAAGAAGAGGUAAAGACAUUGUGAAGCCUGGAGAUUUUUGGGAUGUUGUCGUUCUCACAGCUGUAGACGAACAUCAGAGAGUUGCUUAUGAGCUUCAGAUCAAAGAGAAACUCGGCAGAAAAGAGCUACCACUUGGUGUUCCAUAUCACGUGUUUGCAGAUCCACCUGGUUCUAAAAUAGGAAAUGGAGGCUCAACUCUAUAUGCACUACAACACCUUGAGAAAAUAUAUGGCAAGGCACUAUCUGCAUUUAGAGUGAUCCUGAUUCAUGCAGAUGAAUGGAAGAAGAAAGUCAGUGAGUCCUACUCGGUGAUAAUCGAAAGGCUGGAGGAUGACCUGCGUAUCAAAGAGAGCGAGUUGAUGGAGCUCAAGCAUGUCUUCAGCUCUGACGAUGCCUUCCAAAAAGUGAACUUAAACUACCGCACAGAGAGCGGGCUGUCCCUCUUACACCUCAGCUGCAUGUGUGGAGGCAACAAAACGCACAUCAGGGCCCUGAUGCUGAAGGGCCUUCGGGCUUCCAGACUGACCAGGAAUGGAUUCACUGCACUGCACUUUGCUGCAUUCAAGGACAAUGCGGAGCUUGUGACAGCCCUCCUCCACGGAGGUGCAGACAUCCAGCAAGUUGGCUAUGGAGCCCUCACAGCCCUGCACAUCGCCACCAUAGCCGGACACCAUGAGGCAGUGGAUAUUCUUCUUCAGCAUGGAGCAUACGUGAAUGUCCAGGAUGCUGUAUUCUUCACACCCCUACACAUAGCAGCAUACCACGGACACGAGCAGGUGGCCAAGUUGUUGCUGAAGUUUGGAGCUGAUGUAAAUGCCAGCGGGGAGGUAGGAGAUCGGCCUCUUCACCUGGCAGCAGCCAAGGGCUUCCUGAACAUCGUCAAGCUGCUGAUGGAGGACGGGGGCAAGACUGAUGUGAAUGCUCAGGACAAUGAGGACCACGUCCCCCUGCACUUCUGUGCUCGCUUUGGUCACCAGGACGUGGUCCGCUUCCUACUUCAGGGCAACUUCCACGCGCAUCCACACUCAGUCAACAUCUAUGGGGACACUCCUAUCCACCUGGCUUGCUACAAUGGUAAGUUUGAAGUGGUGAAGGAGAUUAUUCAGCUGUCAGGGACAGAGAGCCUGUCAAAGGAAAACAUCUUCAGUGAAACCGCUUUUCACAGUGCCUGCACCUUUGGCAAAAACAUUGAGAUGGUGAAGUUCCUGAUGAGCCAAAAUGCCAUGAGCAUCAACCACCAGGGUCGCGACGGCCACACAGGUCUGCACAGCGCCUGUUACCAUGGACACAUCCGGCUGGUGCAGUUUCUGCUGGACAGCGGGGCGGACAUGAACCUGGUGGCCUCGGACCCCAGCCGGUCCAGCGGGGAGAAGGACGAGCAGACCUGUCUCAUGUGGGCCUAUGAGAAAGGUCAUGAUGCCAUCGUUACCCUGCUGAAGCACUACAAAAGGCCCCAGGAUGAUUCACCCUGCAAUGAGUACUCCCAGCCAGGAGGGGAUGGAUCUUAUGUGUCUAUUCCCUCGCCCCUGGGGAAGAUCAAAAGCAUGACUAAAGAAAAAACCGACGUGCUCUUGCUCCGAGCCAGUCUCCCUUCCAACUUCCAACUCCAGCUGUCAGAACUGGAGUUCCAUGAAAUGAUUGGUUCAGGUUCAUUUGGAAAGGUCUACAGAGGCAAAUGCCGCAACAAAAUUGUGGCAAUUAAACGGUACAGAGCCAAUACCUACUGCUCCAAAUCAGACACGGACAUGUUCUGCCGAGAGGUGUCCAUUCUCUGCCGCCUCAACCAUCCUUGUGUCAUUCAGUUUAUGGGAGCUUGUCUCGACGACCCCAGCCAAUUUGCCAUUGUCACCCAGUACGUGUCUGGAGGUUCGCUCUUCUCCCUGCUACACGAACAGAAGAGGAUCAUUGAUCUGCAGUCCAAGCUCGUCAUAGCCAUCGACGUGGCCAAGGGCAUGGAGUACUUGCACAACCUCACACAACCCAUCAUCCACAGAGACCUCAACAGCCACAACAUACUGCUCUAUGAGGAUGGCCAUGCUGUGGUUGCUGAUUUUGGAGAGUCCAGGUUUCUGAUGUCUGUAGAUGAGGACAACAUGACCAAACAGCCCGGGAACCUGCGUUGGAUGGCCCCUGAGGUGUUCACCCAGUGCACGCGCUACACCGUCAAGGCCGACAUGUUCAGCUACGCCCUGUGUCUGUGGGAGCUGCUCACCGGGGAGAUCCCCUUCGCCCACCUGAAGCCCGCGGCCGCAGCGGCUGACAUGGCCUACCACCACAUCAGGCCACCCAUUGGCUACUCCAUCCCCAAGCCCAUCUCCGCCCUUCUAAUGAGAGCCUGGACAGUGUGCCCAGAGGAACGGCCUGAGUUUUCUGAGGUGGUGGAGAAGCUUGAAGAAUGUCUGUGCAAUGUGGAGCUGAUGUCUCCGGCGUCCAGUAACAGCAGCGGCUCUCUGUCCCCUUCGGCCUCCUCUGACUGCUUGGCACGCGGUGGGCCCGGGCGCAGUCAUGUGGCAGCGUUGCGCUCGCGCUUCGAGCUGGAGUACGCCCUCAACGCCCGUGCAUACGCCGUGUGGACUCAGAGCUCAGAACGACGGUCAUCACAGGGUCUGUCUUUGGAUGAUCUCAGGAGGAAUUUACAGCAGUUCCCACCCAUGGACAGAAAUGGUUAUGUGUCAGAUCCCAUGAGCACUAUGCGGUUUCAUUCAUGCAGCAGCAAUGGGAGCUUUGAAGACAGCAACUAACACGCUUUUUCACGCUAACAGGGGAGCUACACCAGACGCGUAUCUGAAGCGUUCUGUUCGCGACGCGUAUGUUGCAGCCGGUCGCAGCAGUUAAUUAUCACUGUAGUCAAUGGAAGUAGCUACACCAGACGCAACAGUGGCGCGUACAUUCGAAAAAAAUAGACCCAUCUUCUAAAAUGGAUUUUACGCGUCGCGAACUAAACGCUUCAGUUACGCGUCUGGUGUAGCUCCCCUGUAAGUCUCACUACAUCAGUCCUGAGUGUCUGAUCAUCAUACAAUAACUAACCAUUACUGUUAAGAUUUAUACAAUGUUGUAGGUCGUCAUACACAUGAAUACUGUGCUCUUCACACUUACUUUUGAAGUGGUUAUAUUGUAUUGUAUAUUUUUUUUAUGUAAAUAUGUUUUUUGGUCAUUUUUGUUAGGAAGUCAUGAAUGAGAAGUUUCAAAGAUGUGUAAUCCUGUGCUUUGACAUGCAAAAAGUGCAUACAGAAAUUACAUUAAAUAAUGCAUAAAUAGGGUUUAAACACUGGGUACAUCUAUCAAAAAUAAAACUGAACAGUUUUUAACGUGAA